AUGGAGAAGACGACGACUCCUCCUCGGUCAAGUGGGUCCCACCGUACGACGGCGAGAAGAGAAGACUGGUGGACCGAAGACGCGACGGCGACGCUGGUCGAAGCUUGGGGAAAUCGUUGCUUCAAGCUCAAUUGGGGAAAUUUCCGGCGAAAUGACUGGAAAGAAGUCGCCGGCGCCGUUAACUCGAGACAUUGUAACGGUCGUCGGAAAACGGAAGCACAGUGUAAGAACCGGGUCGAGACGUUGAAGAAGAAGUACAAGACUGAGAAAGAUAAACUCUCUCCGUCGACUUGGCGCUUCUUUGACCGUCUCGACGUCUUGAUCGGACCGGUAAUGAAGAAAUCUGCAACCGGAGUUGUCAAAUCAGGGUUUAUGAACCCUAAUCUGAAUUUAACCGGUUCGACGUUUAUGGAUGAUGAUGAUGAGGUGGAAGUGAGGGAAGGGUCGAUGUUUAGGGAGUUAGCUAUGGCGAUUGUGAAGUUUGGGGAAGUUUAUGAGAGAAUCGAAAGUAGGAAGCAGAAGAUGAUGAUUGAAUUGGAGAAGGAAAGAAUGGAAGUUGUAAAGGAAGUAGAGUUACAAAGAAUGAAUUUGUUGAUGGAGAUGCAAUUAGAGAUGGAGAAAUCAAAGCGAGGUGGUUCAGGUAUUAAACUCUAUGUUCUUGUAGUUGUAGAGCCUUGUGGUUUUGCUUAG